AUGACGUACACGGUCGUCCUUUUCGUCACGCGCAACAGCCACAUCACGUCGGAGCAGUUCAGAGAUCACUACGAAAACACACAUAUUCCAUUGGCCUACUCGCUACUCAGUCACUGCUGGCCCAUCACCUUCAACCGUCGCUACCUGGCCCGGAUUGUCCGGAAAGGCUUUGGCGGCCCUGCCAACGUUGACCGCCCCCCGCUACUGCUGAGGGGCGUGCUCAACGAAGAAUUCGACUUUGACUGCAUUUCCGACAUGGUCUUCGAGGACGAGGCCCAUUUCCUCGAAUUCUACCGCAGUGUCUACUCAAAAGAGAUUUCCGCCGUGCUGACCAAGGAUGAGGCAAACUUUUUGGAAGGCGGCAAAACGAGGGUCAUAGUCAUUGGCGAGACUUGGACGACAGAUCGGGCCGGCUCGACCACACACAGCGUAGGCUACGGCCUAAUGAGCGAUCCUUCCAGCAGCAGCAGCGAAGAUAGCCGUUCCACCCCAGGCUGA